AUAGCGAUUUUAUUUUAUCAAUGUAGUCAGAAUUAAUGUCAGCCAGCUAAAUAUUAUAAAAAUUUUCGUUAAGACACAAAGACAAAGAUUUGUGCAGAUGCAGUUUAGUAGGGCUCCCCUUUUCCAAAACUGAUGUGGUUACUCAUGCGCAUCGGAGUAUUUGAUUGACAGCUCACCACUCAUGUGUUGUGAUUCCAAAAAUCGAAAAGCCAACGUAAAACAUGGCUCUUUAUAAAUCUGCUGAAGAUGUAUUAAACCAAGUAGAAGCGUACAAAUCUUCCGUUAAGAAAGCAGUAUUCUCUACGAAGUUCCGAAACCCAAAGCAACUUUGUGCGUUAGUUAUGGAAACGUUAAAAUACAAAGCGGUUUUGGAAGAUGUUUUGCAGCAAACUAAACUCAUCCAAAAUACGAAAGGUAUCAGCCGAAACAUUGCCCUGCCCCUUCUUUACGAUUUUUUGAUUGGAAAGGGUAUUCGUUGCGGUGGAAAGUUUAAGAAGUUGAUAAAAACACGAAAAUCUGCCAUUAAUGCAGCCUUUGCCAGAAUCAAAUUAAAAAAGAAAGUUUCUAAAACUGAAGACCUUGUCGAAAAAAGUAAUUUCACACUGCCAAAGUAUUUAAGAGUGAACACGUUGUUGACAACCACGACAAAAGUAAUGGAGACGUUGAACAAGGAUGGCUUCACACGUGUGGAUUGCAGUGUGAAUGAAAUUGUUGAAAAACAGUUCAGUUCCGAUCCAGAUAUCCCAAACUUGUUAGUUUUUCAUUUUAGUACAGAUUUCCACGAUCAUGGCCUCUACAAACUGGGCCAUUUAAUAUUUCAAGACAAAUCUAGCUGUAUGCCCGCCUUUGUAUUAAAUCCCUCCCCAAAUUCACAUGUUAUAGAUGCAUGCGCAGCACCAGGGAAUAAGACUUCACAUUUAUCAGCAAUCAUGAACAAUACUGGUAAACUUUUUGCAAUCGACAGGAGUUCGGAAAGAAUUGAAGUGAUGAAAAAACAGCUCAAAAAAGCAAGCGUUAAAAACUGUGAAGUCAUUAAUUCUGACUUUUUAAUUUUAAAACCAACAGAUGAAAAGUUUAAACAAGUUGAAUAUAUUUUGGUGGAUCCGUCAUGCACUGGCUCCGGAAUCAUUAGCAGGCAGCUUGAACACACAGAGGAAAAAGAUUCAAAAUGUUCAAAGCGAUUGGAAUCAUUGUCUAAAUUCCAACUGAAAGUUUUAAACCAUGCACUUUCGUUUCCAAAUGUUAAAAGAGUAGUGUAUUCAACUUGUUCGAUUCAUGAAGAAGAAAAUGAGCUUAUUGUAAAACUUGCUGUGGAGCAAAAUUCAAACUUUGACCUAAAAAAAGUUUUGCCAAAAUGGCACAAUAGAGGUUUAAUAUCAGAUUCAUUUAACGCCGAAAAGUGUGUCCGUUGCGACCCAAAUGUAGAUUUCACGAAUGGAUUUUUUGUUGCUUUGUUUGAAAAAAAAAUGCAUGAAUAAUUUGUUUUUUGUUUGAAAAUAAUUGCAUACCACCUUGUUGACACAAAUGGAUGUCUGGCUACUAAGUUGACUCCUUGAAUUUUAUCAUUUAACACACAAUCCAAAAUCUUUGGCUCCUA